CGGGACGAGCAUCUUUAUUGGAUAUACAAAUGGAUUUAUCGCGAUUGACUUAAACCAAGCUUCUGUCAUUUAUUUGGAUGUUUCAUCAUCCUGCAACUGCUCCUUUAUCACUCGAAUUAGUUUAGUAGAAUUUGUAUAAAUUCAUUUGUCAUUAUGAAUUUGAAUGAGCCUCUUGUUGAUCAAGAACCAGCACCCAGUGAUGAGGAACUGGCAGACAUGUACCAACAGUUUUUGCAACAAGCGACACCCGAACACAAGCAGCAGCUAGAAGAACUUCAAAGCCUUCAAGAAAAAGUAACACCCACUCCUGGUUGUUGUAUUAAAACCAAAGAUAUGAAAACAUCUACAAAAGUAUUUAUCAAUGUUUGUACAUCUAGUAAUGUUCCAGCUCCUCAAGAUAUAACAGAGUCGAGAUUAAAAGAGCUUAUUUAUCUGCUUGAUGAUGAAAAUGCAGUAGUUGACUACAGGGUACCAAUGAGUAUUGGUGAACCACAUGCAGAACUGGAUAAGAAAAAUACUGGAUGCACAGCUUAUGAUAUUAUAAUUAAUCCUGCCUAUUUGCAAAAGAUCCGGGAUAAUGAAAUAUUCCUUGGUUUCUUCAUGAGCGUUGUAAUCGAGGGCAUUUUCAAUAAAUACGAGGUAGAACUCGAUCGAAAAUGGAUUUUACUGAAACGAAAAAAAGUUGUCGGAAGCUUGCAAGAACAAUAUAUGCGUAAAAAACGCCUCAUCCAAGAAGUACAUGGCUCUUCAUCUGCAGUUCCAACUCCAGUUGCAGAGAAGCCUAAAUUGAGAAUCCUACGAGAACCAGAGGAAGGUCAUCCACAGUAUCUUAUAGCUGAGAUCGAACUACCAAAAGCGAGUCGAGCGAAAGCAAUUUCUGUUGAUGUUGGGGAAGACAGACUAGUGAUGUCAGUAAAACCACAUUUGUAUGAAUUGGACGUGUAUCUUCCAUAUAAACUAAUACAAGAGGAAUGUGGUUCACAAUUCAAUGUUAAUACAAAGAUAUUGACUUUGACCAUGCCUGUUCAACCUGCUUGAUUAACCUCGAAUUAACAAACUUUUUUUGAUUAUAUAUAAUUUAAUAAAAGAUACUUAUAUUUUUAUGUGAUUUGUUCAAUUUGUAUAAAAUAUUGUAUGAGUGAU